UUCUAAACCCCAUCUUUGCAGAGGUGAGCAGACAAAGAAAUGGCGGCUCCCGGAAAAUGCUUUCUUGUCACUGGCCCUCCGGUAACUCUGCAUUUGGAGUGGGAAAAACUACUCUGAUAAUCCGAGUGCUGGAGGCCCUCAAACAAUCGAAUCCCAGCUUAAAGAUUCAGGGUUUUUAUACUCGUGAGUUGAGAGAAGGGGCAGAAAGGGUAGGGUUUGAAGUGGUUACUCUUGAUGGUCGUAGAGGUCCUCUCGCAUCCACCACUAUCUCUAGCCGGGAAUCUCAAAGAUGGCCUAAUGUCGGAAGGUACAAAGUAGAUGUCUCAUCAUUUGAAUCAUUAGCUUUGCCUGAGUUACAGGUUAAGGUGGACACUGAUCUGUUCAUUAUCGAUGAAGUUGGUAAAAUGGAGCUCUUUAGUUCAUCAUUCUUCCCUGCUGUGUUAAGAGUUCUAGAAUCAAAUAUCCCUCUCUUGGCAUCCGUCCCUAUUCCGAAAUCCGGCAGAGAUAUUCCUGGAGUUGCAAGGUUGAAAAAUCAUCCAGGAGCUACUAUGUGUAUGUUGAACACGAGCAACAGAGAUGCCAUGAAGGAGCAAAUAUACUCCAACUUGAUAAACUUGUUGCAAAAUCAAUAGAUCUACAGAGAUCUUAUGUUGUUGUCUAUUUCGUGAAAUGAGCCACCCUUAAAGUCAUAGAACUAUGUGGGGCUUAUAACGGCCCCAUCCUUCCUUUUAGGAUGUCAUGUGCUCGUCUUUUAGUAUGUUAGAUCUAGGAGUAACGUCCUUUCGUACUUGUACAAGCUCAUGCAGUGCUAUGUUGAAGUUUGCAAAAUAUUUCAGAAGUUAUCAAAGAGGUAAAAGUUGACUUUUCA